AUGUUUGAGAGCGACGAACAAUCACUGGUGCCGAGAGUGGCCGACACUCGGCCGGAGGGGCGACCGGUGGCGGCCACAGGAGGGGACAGCGACCACGAGUCCGCCGCCCAUUACUUACCCAAACACUUAUUACGACAUUCAUCACAGCAAUCAUUAUCAUCACCGUCAAUAACAUCUAGCCAUAGACAGCCCCAUCAUCGUCACCGACAUCACCACCAUCUACACCAUAAUCAGCGACAUAUUCACCAAAACUCUAGUGCAUCGGUGGCGGCGACGGCGCCGGCAGCCAAUCCCCGGCAACACAAACUGUCCGCACAUAUCGCACAUCAAAAUAUUAAUAGUUAUGUAAAUAAUAAUAACAAUAAUAAUAAUAAUAGAAAUGACAAUAACUUUAAUAGCAUAGUAUUCAAUGGGAGCGCAAAUGUACGGCAGAUUAAGACACGGGCGUCGCCAACAGUCUCAGUGGCCAACCCUGUGAUCGACCUGAGGGUGUUGUCCACCAAGCAAUUGAUGCUCUAUAGCCGAUGCAGUCAACAGUAUAUCUAUUUUCUGAACACAAUAAUCAAUACGACCCGAGAAAAGGACAAUAGUUUGGCCCUCCUAUCGCUGGAAACGAUUAAAUACGACAAUAACUUAGGAAUACGUAUCAAAUCCAAAGUCGGCGGCGUUUACCUGUGCUUUAAUAACAGGGGACGACUCACCACAAAGUCAUAG